AACAUUGUGCUGUUUUCUCUUUCCAUUUUUUUUUUUCUCCAGAAAAUAAAGCGCUUGGGAAUUAGAAUAUAGAGAGAGAGAGAGAGAGAGAAGAGAGAGAGAGGGAGAGCUUAAAGAGGGCAUGGCUAUGGCCUUCUUUGAUUUGCAGAGAGAAUCCAAAGGAACUCUCUUGUUAAAGCCCUGAAAUUGUUACAGCCCAAAAGAGCUGCACCUAUAUAAAUAUAUAUAUGGUUAUACAUAUGUAUAUGUAUACAUAUAGAUACACAAGGAAACAUAUACGUAUACUUUACCGCAAUACAGAGAAAACACAGUUGCACAGUUUUGGUAACGCCAUAUUUCCAAUCAACUCCCCUCUUCUUUACUUCUUAUCCAAUCCAAAAUUUGCCUGUUGAAGAACAAAGCUGCAGAAUGAAAUAAGGCCAUAGAAGUGGUUCUUGUUUAUGGUGAACCCUGAAGGGAUGUUGGAAGAGCGAUCUUGUUUGGUAUCGAGGAACUACCGGAGAGGGCAUACCGGGACUUGUAUGAAUUACCGGAUUGAUAUGAAUGGCAAAAGGCCAUUCGAAGAUGACAAGGAGAAUGAACUGGUUCCUAGCAAGUUUGCAAGGCAAUCUGACGGUGGUUGUGAUAGAGUUGAUACAGCUCUAACCCUAGGUGUUUCUUCAGCGUCCUGUGCUGAAGAAGUUGGUGAUCGGCCUGCUGAUGGAGUGGAAACGAGUCUAACACUAGGUGGCGAUAUGUUAGCCCCUAUUGGUGUAGCUGACCAUCAGGAUAACAUCGAGGAUAAUUCUGAAGAUAGCUCUCUAAUACCCAGUAUUGGUCGAGACAACGCCAUUAGCUGUCUCAUUCAUUGCUCGAGGUCAGAUUAUGGUGCCAUGUCAGCUUUAAACAGGAGCUUCCGCUCAUUAAUCAGGAGCGGGGAUAUCUACAAAUUAAGACGUAUGAAUGGUGUCGUUGAGCACUGGGUUUAUUUUUCCUGCAACCUGCAGGAAUGGGAGGCUUUUGACCCCAACCGUCGUCGUUGGAUGCGUCUUCCAACGAUGAAUUCUAAUGAAUGCUUCUGGUUUUCCGACAAGGAAUCGUUGGCUGUUGGAACGGAGCUCCUUGUGUUCGGAAAGGAGCUAAUGGCACAGGUCAUUUAUCGAUACAGUCUACUGACCAAUUCAUGGUCAUCUGGAAUGCAGAUGAAAGAACCACGGUGUUUGUUCGGUUCUUCCAGCAAAGGGGAGAUCGCUAUUCUUGCUGGUGGUUGUGACUCACAUGGUAAGAUCCUUAGCUCAGCCGAGCUUUAUAACUCCGAGACUGGAAAUUGGACACUAUUGCCCAAUAUGAACAAGGCCAGGAAGAUGUGUUCCGGGGUUCUCAUGGAUGGAAAGUUUUACGUGGUUGGAGGCGUUGGAGGACCUGAUUCAAAGCUUUUGACAUGUGGGGAGGAAUAUGAUUUCGAGAAAAGAACAUGGACGGAAAUACCAAACAUGUCCCCUGUGCGUAUGGCUGCAGUUAGGGAAAAUGGCUUGCCCGCCACAGCUGAAGCACCUCCUUUGCUUGCAGUUGUAAAUAACCAAUUGUAUGCAGCCGAUUAUGCUGACAUGGAAGUUAGGAGGUAUGACAAGGACAAAAAGGCGUGGGUUACUGAAGGAAGAUUGCCUGAGCGAGCAAAUUCUAUGAACGGUUGGGGCUUGGCUUUUCGAGCAUGUGGCGACAGGCUUCUUGUAAUCGGAGGUCCUAGGACUGUGGGUCAAGGAUUUAUUGAAGUGAACUCGUGGGUCCCCAGCGAAGGACCGCCACAGUGGAAUAUGCUCGGCCGAAAGUCAUCUGGUAGCUUUGUCUAUAAUUGUGCGGUGAUGGGUUGCUAACAAUGUGGAUAUUGGCAGCGCCAUCUAAGCGCAAUUAUGCCUCUUUACAUACAUGAUAGGAUUAAUGGGGCACAGGAAUGUUGCUAAUGGGUAAUUUAUCCAAUCUUUUCUAUUUUUUAAUUUUCGCUUUCAAAGUUUUAGUUUCCUUUUCUCAGAGGAAGGAGGACAGGGAGGAUUAUCAGUAUACUCAAGAUUCAACAUCAUAUUUAUUUUCAAGGAGUCUUGAGUACCUACCAACAUUUUCUGCUUCAACAAUUCCAUUUAAUCGAUUGGUCUUCCCCCCAUUCUGGUAACAUGAAAUUUCAGAGGUGGUCAUCAGAUAGGAAAGAGAUAGGUUAAUAACUUGAGGCAGGGUGCAAUACAGUUGUAGAUCUUGAUUAGUGUUUGCUGAAGUUUCUCGAAGAAUUGCAGACUUAGUUUCUUUUUCUUUUUCUUUUUUAUUUUUCCAUAUUUUUCUUGGCAUUGCCGAGGAGGGGGAAAAUAAGUUUCUUGGCUAGGACUUGUCAAUGUACUGAACACCUUUGUUGUUGAAAAGAAUGGGCUAUACAGUGAAUUUUUGGUUCAAAA